AUGUCUCGAGCUGAAGAACUCUGGGAGCGGUUAGUUCGUGCUGCUUUAAGAAGGGAAAGAACUGGUGAUGAUGCAUUUGGGCAACCUGCUGGUGGAAUUGCUGGAAAUGUGCCAUCUGCACUUGCUAAAAAUAGAGAUAUUGAUGAAAUUUUAAGAGUUGCAGAUGAAAUUCAAGACGAUGCCCCCACAGUUUCUCGAAUAUUAUGUGAGCAUGCAUAUUCAUUAUCUCAAAUUUGGACCCCAACAGUGAAGGCCGAGGUGUUUUACAAUUCAAGACCGGAGUUCUACAAGAGUUACAGAAAGAAAAAUAAUGUGGAUAAAUUACUUGAGGAGGAAAUGCAAUUGAGGGAAUCUGGUGCUUUCAGCCGUAAUCUUGGCGAGUUGGAGCGUAAGACUGUGAAGAGGAAAAGGGUUUUUGCUACCUUAAAGGUUUUAGGAACAGUACUUGAGCAGCUGAGUGAAGAAAUUCCUGAUGAGCUUAAGCGGGUCAUGGAAUCAGAUUCUGCAUCAACCGAGGAUCUGAUUGCUUACAACAUCAUCCCUAUAGAUGCUGCUUCUUCAACAAAUGCUAUUGCUUUUUUCCCCGAGGUGCAAGCAGCAAUUUCGGCUCUGAAGUAUUUCAAUGGCUUGCCUGAACUGCCCAGGGCCUAUUUCAUCCCUCCUACAAGGAAUGCCAACAUGUUAGAUUUUCUGCAGUAUACUUUUGGAUUUCAGAAAGAUAAUGUAGCUAAUCAGCGCGAACACAUAGUUCAUCUGCUUGCAAAUGAGCAAUCUCGGCUUGGAGUUCCAGACAAAACCGAACCCAAUUGGAUGAAGCAGCCUUGCAUGAAGUAUUCCUCCUAA